AUGCCGCUUGCGGGCGAUGGGCCGUCAGUCCUAGAUGCGCGGGAACCGUUGGCCAUUGUAGCAUUUAUGCUCAACGUCCAGCAUCUUUGCAUCUACAAAGGAGGUUUCUGUGCAUCCAUGUCCUCGGCAGCAACGGCCUCUACAAUAUCAACAAUGCCUUUGCUGGUAUUAUCUUAUAUCAACCUGCAGGUUUGUGAUGCAGACUACAAUGACUAUGUUGUCGCCGGAUCAAGAUUGCAUACUCGAUAUAAUUACUCCAACGUUUAUAUGACUGAACCGUCUCAUAAUACAAGGUUAAUUUCAACUUCUUGA